UCAGUUGUCAAAUCAAAUCACAAUUUCAGACCACCGAAAGUGGUGCAGCAUUUACAAUUUGCUACUUUUAUGAAUGAGAAUUUAAUCAAUCUUGCCUGUAUAAUGGGUGACAUAAGUAAAUUAUGAAGAUUAAUUCGAUCGCGGCGUUCACAAAUGGCUGCGGAUUCGCUAUUAAAAACGGGGAAACACUCGAAGUAUAUAUCGUAUAGAAAGAUUUUGUACCAUAGGUUUUUCGUUGGGUUGCUGUUGUUUAUAUUGGUGACUUUAGCGAUUACUGUGUUGUUUAAUGCUCUAUCGAGUAGUUCGCCGCGGACAGUUGUGCACGAAGCAGUGAAUUUGGACCGUAGUGUUGUGGUGAAACUGGGGCAAGAUGCAGCUACGGCGCAGCCUAGGGAUGCAAACUGCACUUACUGGGAGUGUUUUAACGUGUACCGGUGCGGCAGAGGCGGCCACAAUAAGAUAACAAUAUACAUAUACCCGAGAACGGACUUCCACACGCCAGAGGGUCCUAUAUCAAAGUUUUCUAGAGAAUUUUACGUAAUUUUAGAUACUAUAAGACAUAGUAAAUAUUAUACAGCGAAUCCAGAGGAGGCGUGCUUGCUAAUUCCUAGUAUAGACACUCUAAAUCAACGUAGUUUUUUAAGUAAACAUGUAUCACAGGCUUUCAACAUUCUUUCACAUUGGAGCAAUGGAGAAAACCACCUUAUAUUUAACAUGCUGCCUGGAUCAGCACCUAACUAUGAGACUGUCCUCGAUCUCAACACAGGGAAGGCCAUCAUAGCCGGGGCCGGCUUCGACACCUGGUCCUUCCGCUACGGUUUUGACGUGGCCAUCCCUGUCUACAGCUCUCUUGCAGCUCACAUAGAUAGCACACAACCAGACGAUAAGAAAUACUUAAUAUUAUCCACCCAACUAAACAUCCCGAGAGAUUACUUAACUAUAUUACAGAAUAUAGCGUCGUCAUCGAACGAUCUAAUACUUCUAGAUAGAUGUAAAGAUGCGGAUCACAGUAAACGCUGUGAGUACAUAACAGGGAGGAUAUUUAACUACCCAGAAGUAUUAAAAGAUGGGAUGUUUUGUUUAGUCAUACAUAGUGCGAGACUAUCCCAAGCUAUGUUAAUGGAUAUCUUAGCAUCGCAGUGUAUUCCUAUUAUAGUGGCUGAUUCUAUUGUGAUGCCUUUUAAUUCGCAUGUGGAUUGGAAUAAAAUAGCAAUAUUUGUACCUGAAGAUAAUUUGAAGAACGUUUUGAAGAUAGUGCACGCAGUGAGUGAGGAGAGGCGUGGGGAGUUAUAUUGGCAGCAGAGAUGGGUGUACGAGAGAUACUUCUCGAGUAUACAGAAGAUAACUAUGACUAUGUUGGAGAUUAUUAAUGAGAAGGUGUUCCCGUUGGCAGCUAGGAGUUACGAGGAUUGGAACAUGCCCGAGCAUUUGUACGGUCCCGUGAACCCGCUCUUCCUCCCAGUGACCGCGCCGAAGGGCCCGGGCUUCACCGCGGUCAUACUCACCUACGACCGGGUGGACAGUCUAUUCACACUAGUGCGAAAACUGGUGCGCACACCUAGUCUAGCGAAGAUCCUCGUCGUGUGGAAUAACCAGCGGAAAGCGCCGCCUCCAUCGUCCGAGUGGCCAGUGAUCAACAAGCCGCUGAAGGUUAUAAGGACCAAAGAGAACAAACUGUCCAAUCGUUUCUUCCCUUACGACGAGAUCGAGACCGAAUGCCAGCUCACCAUUGACGAUGACAUUGUCAUGUUGACGCCAGAUGAAUUAGAGUUUGGUUUCGACGUGUGGCGUGAGUUUCCCGACCGGAUCGUGGGGUUCCCGUCCCGCCUCCACGUGUGGGACAACGGGACUAACUCUUGGCGAUACCACAGCGAGUGGACCAACCAGAUUUCCAUGGUUCUAACCGGCGCCGCGUUCCACCACAAGAUCUGGUCGUGGUACUACACGUACCGUAUGCCGGCCGCCGUGCGAGCGUGGGUCGACGACAACUUCAACUGUGAGGACAUCGCGAUGAACUUCCUAGUGGCCAACGUCACGGGCAAGCCGCCCAUUAAGGUAACCCCCCGCAAGAAGUUCAAAUGCCCCGAGUGCACCAACACCGAGAUGCUCUCCGCCGACGCGCGCCACAUGACCCAGCGCUCCGCCUGCAUACAACGUUUCACGCAAAUAUAUGGACACAUGGCGUUAAAAUCUGUGGAAUUCAGAGCCGAUCCCCUUCAGUAUAUGGAGAAUUCCGGUAUACCACAUAUGUAUCCUGAUAUAGGUAUGCUUUAAACCUGGUAAUAAUUCAAAAAUCCUGAAGAUAAGCGCGUCACCUGUAUACAACGCUUCACGCAAAUAAUAUGGACACAUGGCCUUAAAGUCUGUGGUGUUAAGUUUAGGGCCGACCCACUGCAAUAUAUGGAAAAUUCCGGUAUACCACAUAUGCAUCCUGAUAUAGCUGUAUGAUUUAAACCAAGUAACACCUUACAUAACAUUUAAAACCCCAGCGAAAGUCGUGUAUAACUUGCUUCAUACAGCUAUAUGGCCAUAUCAAGUCUGCUAGUUCAGAGUGGAUUCGCAGUAUACUAACAUGCUUUGUCACCACGAAUAUUUGGGUAAAUACAACGAUGUGUGUUGCUGGUUAAAGGAUAAUUUUGGAAUACCCCAAUUCUAUCCUCAUAACGAAAUGUUAUAAUGAGAUUAUAUGGUCCAUUCAAUAUUAAUUUUAUAAGUAAAUGAUUUACUGGCUGAAUAAAACCGAACGGCAACUUUUAAAUAGUACUAAAUGCAUAAUACAAUUGAUGCGAUAAGAUUUUGGCAACUAAAUUUGAGGGUAAAAACUAGAGCUUUGUACCUUAAGGUACACUUUUAAGCGGAUUUUAAAUAUUCACGCUUAACACAUGUUGUAAUAAAGUUAAGUGUGUGGUAAAAGCAAGUCAGUAUUGAAUGAACCAUACGAUGACCUCUUGGUUAAAAUAUGUUACACCAAAAUUUGAUGGAACUGUCAUAGGGUUCAUCAUUCGACGCAAGAGGUAUAAACUGAACAUAACUCUAUUGUUAAGAGGAUAAGAGCGCGUGUAGGUAAUAUUUUGGUUGUCGACCGACAUAAUAUAGGGUUAUGUAUUGCCAAGAUUAUCGAAUAACACUAUAGGUAGAAUAGAACAGUUUGAGAGCUAGAGGAUGGACAAUAAUGUGUAUGAAGGCUGUAUGAGAUUAGAGAAAUGGGAAUACGUCCCCAAUACCCAGGGUAAGUAGUUUUAACUGCCAUGAGUUGAUUUAUUCGUAUUUAACACUAGGUGUCGUUAGUGCAUUUUAUGAAAAUAGCUAAAAAAUACUUAGGGCCAGUUGCACCAUCCGCACCCCUACAUCCUAGAAAACGACUUAUACGAUAAAGUACAUGUCCGCCAUCUUGGAUUCGAGGAGAACCUCGAAAACGAUAUCCAUGAUGACUUUUACGAUAUGCUUUAACAAAAAUAUACAUGUCAGCCACACAGUGUAACUCACCAGACUUUACUAAGUUUGUGAAAAUACUGAAUGUAGGUAUUAGAACUUGCAAAGCAUCUAAGGCUUAAAAUUAAUCAUUAACGACAUCUAGUGAUUAAACAAAUGACCCUGACCGAUAACGUACAGUGAAGGUAUCAAACAUAUUUUCAUGUAGACAUUUUUUGCUGUGCCAUCUUUUAAAUUUUUUUAUAAAUAAGUUUCACGCCAUACCUUCGUAUAAUGAGUAUUUAAUAAAAUUAUCCCACCUAAAUAAAAAAACGUUACAUAGUCAAUUAAAGUACCGCUUAAUAAUUCUUUAUUAUUUCAAUACUCUGGAUUUUACAGCUAUGCAAAUGAUGACAACUGUCAAUGCCAUAUUUAGUGCUAAUCACUCGUUUUAUUUCAUUGACACAACCAGUCCUAAGGCUGCCAUUCUACUGAGGUAGAGAUGAGAGCUCUCAGGAGACACGCGGGAAUCAGCCAAUAGCAUUGGUUUUAAUCAAGCGGAAUGGUGUCUCUCCGCUUCUGUGGAAAGGCAGCCUCACAGUCUUACCUAUACUGUACAUUAUCAACAAAUAAAUUGUAAAUUAUAAGCAAAAAUAUACGCUUGGUGCGUAUAAGUAUCAAUUUGAGCAAAUAUUAGUUAUCGAUAUAUUUUUUUAGAAAACCAAUUUGUGUUGUAUAUCGUUGUUUUGUCGUUUUCGAAGUCAAUUCUAGAUGUAGGCUAUUAAUUGUAUUUAUUGUUUACAAUGAGCUUCUGUGUUAGCGUUUAGGAGUCACCAAAGUGUUUGAAGUAAUUGAAAUUAACAUUAACACAUUCUAUUGAGAAUAUUUGAAGUAUAAACUAGUAACAUUGGUCAAAAUGUCGCUUGUCAUUGGUCAUGUCUGUUCAGUGUUGGUUUAAAUUAAUUACGUAUCACUAUAUCAUCAUAUCAUUUUAUUCAAAACCAUGGAUUCAACUAAAAUAACAAGUCCAAGUUUAAAGAAAAAAAAGUGUAUCAAUAACAACGUUUUAGGCGAACUUUUGUCAAUGCGGUCUCACAUUUAUGCCUGAUGCAUUAAAUUAGGGCCACCCAACACUAGCGUCUUUUGACCGUCGUCGUCUUGCUAGCGCCCGCGUCAGGGCAAGAACGUUGUGCAGGAGCUGACAAGACGCUGACGUUCGAAAGACGUUAGAGACGUCGCGUCGUCGCUGCGUGGACGCUGGUGAGACGUUGGCACUCGGUAAACGCUGCUGCCGCCGCGCCGACGUUGCGUUGACGCAACGCAAAAGUUGCGUCGCCGUUGCGCGGGCGCUGGCAAGACGACGACGCUCAAAAGACGCUAGUGUGGAAACCUUAAUGUUAAUUUCACUUACAAUUAGUAUUAACGCCAGCGUAUUCAAGGGUUGAAUAUUAUAAUUUUAAUCUUGAUAUCUUUUAGUUAAGAUACAAUAAAAUAAUGCCCCAAAACAUGUCAUCCCUUGGGGAUCUAUCCUAUCUCUUGAAUAAACGGUCUAAUUGUAAACGAGUAUUCCCUUCAAUCCUUGCCACUGUAUAGUUGAUAAUUUUGUACGACAAUAAGUUGUUUCAACAACCCUGAUAAGUUUCACGUCAAUUCUCUCUUGAAAAUCGUUUAGGCUGGUCAUUGUUGAGAAUACAAUAAGGUACGAAUGAACUGCUAUCUAAUAACAAUAUGGUGUGUUUUUAAACUCUUAUCACCAAAUGUUCCGAUGUGUGAAGGAAUAUAGGUCAUACUGAGCAACUUUUUCUAUGAGACCAACCCCGAAAUCGCGAAUAAAAUGUUGGCUCUCUUAUUGAAAACGUCGACACCGGAUCAGACAAAAUGUAUGAUACAGCCAUUUUUUAUCCCUAUUUUAGGGUUGAUCCCGUAAAAAGGUAACUUACUUACUUCGCUGGCUCAGCGACCCGAAGUGGAUGUUGGCCUCCGACACUAGAUUUCGCCAUUCGUUCCUAUCCUGUGCGAUCUGACGCCAUUCAGCCGCUUGUACGCCACACAGGUCUUUCUGGACCUCGUCGAUCCAUCGGUACCUAGGCCUUCCGACCGGACGUCUCCCAAUUGGUCGCCCCAGAUAAGCUCUUUUAAAAAGGUUCAUAAAAAGGUAAUAGAUGCUCAAUAUGACCUACAUAGUAUUCAACUCGUAAAAUAAGGCGAGGAUUUUUACUCGUCGUUUUUUGAGUUCUUUAGCUACACGAUAUUACUCGUACAUCUAGACUUAGCUAGACAUUACUAGAGAGAAUGGAACAAAUAUACACUAGUAAAAGUGCGAAAUGACAUUCGUUCUUGUAAAUGAAUGUGAAACGAUAGUAUUACAUUCUUAACAAUGAUCAGCCAAACCCUUAGAGCUACUGUAAAAUGCCGUCUGUCCUUAGAAUUGUAAAGAAAAUAUUCUAAAGAAUAAUGAAAUUAUAGUGUUAGAGAAAAAAUUAGUCCAUCUUGACAUAUCGGUGCUUGCGUCGAGGUUCAUUCCUACGUACCUAGUUAUAUAAAUGUAGGUAUAUUGUAAUGGACAGUGUAUAGAUAAUGGAUUUAUCAAUGGCAUAAUUUUAAACAUAAAUAUCUUUUGUAUUUUAUUACGAUGGGAUGACUGAAUUAUAUUUUAAGCGUAUGGAAUUUCAGUCGAUUUUAUGUAAAGUGUAACUCCAAUGAUAUUCUUUAUUAUAUCUGUGUUGAUAAUAAAUCACAAUGUAAUUUAAUGUUUGAGCCAAUCUUGUAAGUACAUUUUGUAAUUUAUUCGCCAUUAUUUUCUAUUUAUGAAUUUUUAAUUUUAUUAAAUUAUUUUUUAUGCGUUUUUGAGACAUUCGUUUGUAUUUGGUAGUUUUUUCAAAUCGUAGCCAAAGAACUUUUAGACUAGUCUCGACGUUUAUUUCGCAUUUACUAUGUAUUUGUAUUGUAUAAGGUAUCGGUAAACUAAAUGACUUUACAAUAUUUAAGAUUUUUCACUCACGUAUUUUUAGUCACUGCGAGUAACAAUUUAGAAGCAGAGGUAUUUUCAGUCACCGGUAGUGUAAAACCCAAUUGUGAAUUCGACUAUAUUACAUUUAUACUCAAUAAGCUAGUUUUCUAAGGCCCACUUGCACCAUCCCAAUAACCCGGGGUUAAGCGGUUAAACCGUUGAUCUAGUGUCAAAUUGUACUGGUAACCAUGGUAACUCCGGGUGUAACCGGUUAACCUCGGGUUAGUAGAAUGGUGCAAGUGGGCCUUACAGUAAAAAAUGAAAUGAAACUAUGAAAUGAUUACAAGAAAACCAACAAUAAUAUCACAAUUAUCAGGCCUGUUUCCAUAAGUACUGCCGUACUUUCUAACUUUCUUUCUAUCUAGUCGUACUUUCUAAUUGAUGAAAUUGUAAAAUUGAUUUCACGACCCCUGAAAAUGUUAUGCGACUGUCUCAUUUCAAACAUAGAUAGAGAUUAUCAUACUGUCUUUGUCUCACCCUAUACACUGUAUCUUUAGGUACUUAAGACUCAAAAUAAAAGUAAAUUUUUGGGUAGUUAUAACAUUUAUUGAUUAACCAACCAAAUACAAAACCACCUGGAUCUGUCACUGAACGACCUGACUUUAACCUACAUUAUUUGAUCGUGUAAUGUUUUCUUCUACCCUCAACUGGCUUAGGAGCCAUUUGAGGGUAGAUUUUGUUUACUUUUAUUUAAAUACCUAAAGAUACAGAGUAUAGUACUAGCACCCAAAAAAGGAAUGAGUAGGUAUAGUCUAUUUUCUUCUUACUUAUUGACAAAUUCGGUUUGCCAGACUAAAGUUCUUUUACUUUACCGAUACCUAUACCGGGUAGGAUGGUCGGAGUGGAGUUACCAGGUAUAUCAAACGACAGACUGACGACUUCGUUACGGCUAGACGUAUGCUAGUCUAGGUGUUAGAUAGGUACAAAGUAGGUGGCGUAGUACUGUGUACCUUCGGUCUUUUUCCCUUCUAGGGCCAGUGAUAACAUAUAUGGACAAGAGUACUAAGAAGCGUAAAGUACUAUUUAAUAUACCUAGUGGUUGCAAAGGUUGAAGGAGAUGGCGCUGAAUGUAUAAUAUGCGGUAACUAUGUCAAGCACUAAUGUUUGAAAAUCACAAAACGUACGGCACCAUACAGCGCCAUCUAGUUUACUUGUGCACAACUUUACGCUUCUUAAUGUUGUUUUGUCUAUGGGUAGUAUCUACUUUUAUUAUUUCUAUUUUUGUUCUUUCACGAUUCCAGGUAUUAACAGUCUAAAAUAAAUGAAAUUAAUAAAAUUGUGAUUAAUUGACGAGAAAUUCUUAAAGUUAUCGCUAAUUAUUGUGAAAAAUGCACGUUGAAUGGUUACAAUAUUAAAGUACAGUUAGCCUCAAAUUAACUGUAUGUUUUAGCUUUUUGACCAUGUGUCAAAUUGAUUAUUAAAUUUAUUUAUUUACUAAAGUGUCACUUGUCUUUAAGGCCGAGAAACGAAAAGAUCGAAGUACAGUAGAUAAAUAAUAACAUUAAUAACUUGAUAUGAAGAGAUUUUAAAUGUUUUUUUUUGCAAUGAAAUUAUAUUAGCUACUUUGAUUUUAUUGUUAUGUUUAUUUUAUUUAAAUCGGAUAUUUUAUUUAUCCGAUAUUUAACAUUUUCGCCAUUACUUUUAUAGUUUUUCGACAAUGAAUUUGAUAGUUGCAUUGUUUUUGUGCAGCUAUUUAAUAGUAAUUUAAUUUAUCAUUAAUUAUAAACUAUUGUUAUAAGUAUAAUUUAAUUCGAUAUGAAUUAUUUAUUUUGUCCAGCCUGCAUUUUUGUAAUUGGUUUACGACUUUAAUAUUAAUUAUACCUAUUUAAAAAAAUCAUAUAACAUGUAAGGAGCAUUCCACGGGCUGUCCCGUACAAACGCAUUUUAUUUCCUGUGUUGCGACUUUUUUUUCGGCAUUUAAAGCAGGCGACUAUUUUUCUGUGCAUAUUUUUGACCAUUUGUCAUAGAAAAGGAUACUCUUACACCUGCAAAUCUUCAGGAAAUCCCGUACGUACGGGACAAACGGUAGACAAUUUCAUGGAAUGCUCCAUAAAUGAUUACUUUUGGCCAUAUACAGUCUUCUUUUCUAACAAGUGCAUGUAACUGGAAAUUAGUGAAACUGGUAUAAUUUAAUUACUUAAAUUAUGGAGAAAAUAACCUCAAUCUCACUGUAUGCACUUGUAAGAAAGAGACUGAUAAUUAUCAUAUGUCUAACAGUCAUGUACGGUCAUAAUUUUAUCAUAAUAGCUAGAAUGAAAUGAUGUAUCAGUUUUAAUAAGACACGGGUCACAAUUUGUAUCAUUAUCGUGUAUCAAAACUUGGCGUAGCACUAUGAUACAUAGUCAUAUUUGGACCCAAAUGGUCGAAUGUUUUUUUUUGUUCAGCCUUACGAUCAUAUUAUGCGACAGAGAUAUGAAGGCUGUUAACAUCUUCGAUAAUUCGUUCGUCUAUUUACAUCUCUGAUAUCUCUAUCGCUCUUACAUAAUGGAGCUAUAGAGAGGCUAUAGAUAGACGAACGAUCGAUGUGGUUCACGGUGAUAGCCCCUUUCAUAUGCGUAUCGUGGUGAAAAAUCAUGGGUUCUAUUCUAACCUCGGUUUUGCUGUAUAGAUCAGAAAAAAAUCGCUCUAGAAAAAAAUACAAAAAGGUGACUAAAAAUUUUGUUAGGAUUCAUUCAUACCCAAAUAAGAGGUUAUAGCCGUGCGCGUUGGAGGGACUGCCAUAUUACGGCCUGAAUCGGAAACAAACUAUACAUUGACACUUCACGCCAAAGCAAGCGCUGCCCUCUACAUUUCACCGACGUUUUCUUGAGCGUUGUAGAUUCUGCCAUCUUGUGACCUACGUUGGAAGCUUAAACUUGAUAUUCACGCUUCACGCCAAUAAACAGGGGGCUCCUGUGCUGCCCCCUGCAGUUCAUGCACGCGAAAGUGAUACUAUCAUGGACCCGGUCCGAUACAGUCUUAAACCAAUCGAUCAACUUAAUAAGCAAUCGCAAGAGCUGACAUUUUGUAUGUUUGUUGUUGUCUAUAAUCUGUUUACAUUUUUUAUGUGAAAAUUCUAGCUUAAGUACUUAAUAGAUAUUAAAUUUGUUUUUAUGUACAACCUGUAAAUACUAUAUAUUGUAAAUAAAAGAAGACAUAUCAAUUUGUAUA